CGCAGAGGAGGGUUAUCUUCCCAGCAGUGCUCCUCGAACUCUGUUUCCUGUCGUGCAGAAACGGAGAAAGGCGCUAUUGGGACACUCCGCUAGCUUGGUAGUAUAUAAUGCAGAUCAUCAAGGAGAUUUCCAGUCGAAGGAGUUAAGAGUAACUUGACGCCGCUUGCUCAUUCUCGACAGUUCUGAGCGAAUAGCUAGCGUAUCCUGUGAUAAGCAGUAUUGGACUAGCAGUCGCAUUGUUGGGACUCGCCAGGUGCUCGGUGUGCCGGAGGACCUCGUAGUGGGCAAACAUGAAGCUCCUGUUGGUUUUGGCCUUUGUGCAGCUGUUCCCUGCACCAGCCCUCUUUUUUCAGGACGGCAGACAGCAUGCCGGGGAUUACUGGGAGGACUGGGGGCCCUGGGGCGACUGCAGCCGCAGCUGCGGGAGCGGAGUCACCGUCCGGCUGCGCAGAUGCAUCAGCCAGAGGUCGGAUGGAGGGAACAAUUGCGUGGGACCCGCCAAGUCUUACCGUUCCUGCAACAUACAGGACUGUCCCGAGGGAUCCCGGGAUUUUCGGGAGGAACAGUGCUCCCAGUUUGAUGGGCAGGACUUCCAAGGGAAGCUGUACAAGUGGCUUCCUUACUAUGGAGCGGAGAACCCUUGUGAGCUGAACUGCAUCCCCAAGGGGGAGAACUUCUACUACCGGCACCAAGCGGCCGUGGUGGACGGCACGCCCUGCCACCCGGGGCGCCGGGACAUCUGCGUGGAGGGGGUCUGCAAGGUGAGUGGGUGUGAUCACAUGCUGGAAUCGCCUCAUGAGGAGGACCCCUGUUUGCAGUGCGGGGGAAACGGCCAAUCCUGUUACCUGGCCAGGAACAGCUUCUCCGUGCCCAGCCUGCCCAAAGGGUACAAUCAGAUGUUUAUCAUCCCCGUGGGAGCUACCAACAUCCGUAUCCGAGAGACGGUGCCCUCGCGAAACUACCUGGCCAUCAAGAAUCUGCGCGGGGAGUACUACCUGAACGGGCACUGGGUGAUCGACUACUCACGGGCGUCGCCCAUCGCCGGCACCGUGCUGUACUACCAACGGGGCGCGGAGGGAGAGUCGGUCCCCGAAACCAUCACGGGACGGGGGCCCACGACUGAACCCCUGAUUGUGGAGAUCAUCAGCCAGGAGCAGAACCCGGGUGUGGAGUACGAGUACUACCUCCCGCACAACCGGCCCGCGGAGAGCCAGUACUGGAGCUACGGCUCCUGGACCCCGUGCAGCAGGGAGUGCGGGACAGGGUACCAGUCCCGGCUGGUGUUCUGCACCGUCGACAACGAGGCCUACCCGGAUCACAUGUGCCAAGGCCAGCCCCGCCCUCUGAACAACCGUACCUGUAACACCCAGGCCUGUCCGCAAACUCACAGGAUGGCGUACCUGUACCAGCCGCUAGUGUGGAGGCCCUUGGAGAGGCCCAGAACGUUUGUGUACAGCUGGAAGACGGCGGAGUGGAGCUCCUGCACGGCCACGUGUGGCGGGGGCUCCCAGACGCGCAGCGUGCAGUGCAUAUCCCACGAGGCCGAGGGGCCGCGCGUGGUGGAGGACAGCGUGUGCGCGGCCUACGCGCCGCGGCCCGCCAGCCAGCAGGCCUGCGGCCUUCAGCAGUGCGCCGAGUACAGCACCUCCUCCUGGGGCCCGUGUUCAGUGACCUGUGGCUCCGGCGAGCAGACCCGCGACGUGGUGUGCAUCGGGGCGGGCGGGGCUCGUCUCCAGGACUACGCCUGCGGCUUGAGGCCCCGCCCGCCGCACAAGCAGCCCUGCCAGAUGCCCCCCUGCUUCCGGCGGAUCGCCUGGCACAUCGGCGACUGGGGCCUGUGCUCCAAGAGCUGUGGUUCCGGUCUGCGCGAGCGUCAGGUGAUCUGCUCCGACCGGGACCGCAUCCUGUACACGGCCGACCGCUGCAGCCCCCACCCGAAACCCCCCACGGUGGAGUCCUGCAACGCGCAGGCCUGCUUCUUUCCGCAGCUUGUACCCAGUAUGCAGGAUCCAAGCGGCCAUGACAACACCAUGCUCGGGUUCCGGCCCUUCAACGACAGCUCCACUUCAGUCCAUAGGCCGAAUAUUGCGAACCCGUCCCUCCCCAACAUCUUCGACGGCUACCAGCGGAACUGUUCCCAGUCCUACUACGGCUGCUGCCCUGACGGGUUCACCCCUGCCAACGGACCUCAGGCCCAGGGCUGCCCUCAGGGGUCCUGCAUACGGAGCAGGUACGGGUGCUGCCUGGACGGUGUGACCGUGUCUCCGGGUCCCAAUCGGGAAGGGUGUCCCGAGAACGGGGCUGCCCCCCACGGACCCGUUCCCGGCCCAGCCCAACCCCCCAGGGACUGCCGGCUCAGCCUCUUCGGUUGCUGUGACGACCAGGUGACGCCAGCAUUAGGACCCCGCAAGGAGGGGUGUCGGAAUGCCCCCACAGGCGGCCACCGAGGGGUCUGCUCCGAGCCCCGCCUCCCCGGCCCGUGCAGCGACUGGACGGCGCGCUACUACUACGACCCCGCCGCCGGCACCUGCUCCCACUUCUGGUACGGGGGUUGCCAGGGCAACGGCAACAACUUCGCCUCGCGGGAGGACUGCCAGCGGGAGUGCCAGGGCUGGCCCCGGAGCCAGCCGCACACGGUGCAGGUGGCGGUGCGUGGGGGCGGGAGGGAGGACGCCGCCGCCGCGCCCGACCGCUCGCGGGACAUGAGGAGGGUGUUCACCGUGUCCUCCUCCGGGAGGCAGCGGGGAACCAGCACCGACGCGGCCUCCGAGGCCCACAGGGCCCAGGUGCGCCUGCGCCGCCCCGCCCCCGACCAGGUGCAGAACGCUGACAGCAUGGCAGGCGUGAGCAUCGAUCAGUCGGACCCCUCCACGGUGGAGGGGCGCGUGGGGCAGAGGGUGGUGCUGCCGUGCCGGGUCACCCCCCUGCCCUCCUCCACCGUCGUGGUGGAGUGGAGGAGAGACGGCGUCCCGCUCACCGCCCACAGGCAUCAGCAGCAGCCCAACGGCUCCCUGCUGGUGGGGCCCCUGACCCUGCAGGACUCCGGCUGGCUGCUCUGUGUGGCCACCAGGGGUCAGGAGAGAGACCACCGCUACAUUUACCUGUCCGUCCCAGAGUCGCCCCAGACGGACCCCGGCGACCAGUCGUCUGUCCCUGAAGUGCCCCAACAGAACUCCCCCAGGUUCAGUAUCGACCAAUCAGGCUCCUCGCUGGUGCAGCGGCGGGUGAAGCAGACAGCCAGACUGCCCUGCAGAAUCAGCCCCGCCUCUGCCUCGUCUUCAGUCAACAUCGAGUGGACCAAAAAUGGACUUCCCGUCAACUCCCUGAGACACACUCAGCAAUCAGAUGGCUCAUUGGUUAUUGGUCCGCUGACCUCUGAGGACUCUGGGUUCUACACCUGCACUGCCUCCACCCACCACCAGAGGGAGCACAGACAACUGCAGCUCAAAGUAGCUGAGGCCCUGCGGAUUACUACAGCCCCCAAUAACGUACACGUAUCCCGGGGCAGCACCGCCCACCUCCCGUGUGUGGUGUCCGGGGACAACGUCAACGUUGGCUGGUCCAGGAACGGCGUGCCGGUGCGGCCGGACGGCGGCCGCGUUCAGGUGUCGGUGGACGGCAGUCUGAUCCUCAACAACGUGCAGCCGGCGGACGAAGGUGCGUACACCUGCAACGCCUACAUCGGAACUUUCUCUGUCAGUGCCACGGCCGAGGUGCGCGUCAGCAAGGACACACAGCCAGGACCCGGGCUGGGUUUGCCCUCGGACUGCGUGGAUCAGCCGGAGCUAGCCAACUGCGAGCUGAUCGUCUACGCCCGCCUGUGCUCCAGCCAGUACUACUCCAGCUUCUGCUGCGCCAGCUGUGCCCGGCACAGCCGGGGGGGCACCGCCGCGCUGGGCUAGGCCUGCGGGGGAGCCGGGCCCCGAGGUCAGGAGGUCAGGAGGUCCUGUGAGGGGGCCAGGGACUGGCUGCUGCUAGGCAGGCUCAAGGACCAUUCUCCCCCUCCCCGCCCCCCCUCCAGAACUUAACUUCAUACAGCAGUACCUUAACUUCAUUCACACACCUGAAUUUCAGAAGCCGAGGACCUGAACUUGAGACCCAUUUCCUGUGGUGGAGUAUAGUCGUGACCCUAUGAUUUUUAUUUUUCAUUUUUUAUUUUUUUUGUAGAUUUUGUAAGCAUUUCUGUUCAGGGAAUUCAGUACACAUGUAUACAUUUUUUAAAAUAAAAGUUUAGUUUGAGUUAUGUCUUCGUGGGAAUGGGAUGUGAUCGUUUUUGGCGGCAAAUAAGUUUAGAAGUGUAAACUGCCAUCCUAAGUGUUAGUUAGAAUGAGACUUUGUGCAAGGAGCGGUAACGAUGAACAGAUAUUUGGUCAGUUUAUUUGCUCAUAACUCGGCACAGUAGGACCGGCCAUGGUUUCGUGCCUUAACCUCUGCCUGUAUCGUGUACACAGUGUGACCAAAGAUGGUUUGUGAGCGUCCACAAGGGAACGCCCCGUUCAGUAAAAGUAAAUUUGCUCAUGCACUUCUGAAAUGGGGUUUCAUGAACCACCACAUGUGUGAAUCUCAUUCGCUCAGUGGCCACUUUAUGAUGUGAGAGAUGCCAGGUUUGGUAUGUCAUGUCCUCUAAAUUAUUUUGAGAUAAUUAUGAGACAGUACUGGGCAUGCGUCUGCGAUUUGUGGGGGUCAUAGGUCUUGACCUUCCUGACGGGCGCUCAAGUUAUUGAGCCUUAUUUCUUAUGAUUGGUUAGAUUGGCCAGUGUAUGUGUGAUUGGCCAGUUAAAAUGAGGAGAAAUCAGGCCAGUCCAAUGUGGGAUGUAUCUGCGGAUCGAGGCCCGUGUUCAAACCAUUUAACGCUGAAAGUAUUCCUCACACUGGACUGAAGCCAGUUUUUUAAAUUUUUUAAAGAUUUUUUUAAAACCUUGAAAGUUAUAUUGAGGUGUGUAACGGUUCCAGUAUUUGGAGUAACAUUUUGCAGAAGGUGAAUACUGAAAUAUAUCAAUUAAACCACAGUUGAACAGCAUACAAUUUCUUAGAUGUAUGUGUGGUUAAAAGCGUGUACAUUUAACAUGUUACGCUUACAUCCUAGCCAUUUACAAUACACUCCUAUCCAGAGUGAUUUAAAAAGCUACAUACUGCCCAUCUAUACAGCUGGUUAUUCACUCAAGCCAUCCAGGUUAAGUACCCUGCUUAAGGAUAGAAAGGAGGCAGCACACCUGGGAAUCAAACCAACGACCUCAUGAGUCGCAAACCCAGAUCCUUGAGCUUUAUGCCGUGAUGUAUUUAUCUUUGUUUUUAUCAGUGUUUCUUUUUUUUUCCCUUUUUUUUUUAAAUGAAUGAAUUAAAGAAAAGGGUCAAAUCGAGUUUCUGUCCAAACUUAACGGCUUCCGGAUUUCUGCAGGCUUAUGGAAAUGAAAUGUACUUCAGUAUGUGGUAAAUGAUUAAUAUAUUUCACAACAGUGUAGUAUAAAAUAUACAUUACUAUAUCUGAAAACAGCAAUUUGUAUAUUUAUGCUUAUUUGGUGAAGUGUUGCAAUGUCUUUAUAAUAUAUUUUAUUUCUGUUUAUAUUCAGCAUAUUCUAUUUCUGCAAUGGCAGUGCCCACAAUUGAUAAAAUCCAAAACAAUUUUUUGCCAAUGAUAGAAAUCUCGGACACACAAUGUCCGUGAGGAUAACUAAGAAAAAUCACCCUUUUUGUGUGAUGUACAUCCCGAUGUUUGCUUUCCAGAAAUGAGUUAGGUGUCAUUUUGUUUUGUAACUUCUCUCCACAUUAAAAUAUAUUUUUUUAUGAAAGGCUUCCCAUUCAAAUUAAACAAGCUGGAACUACAACUUUGAGUUUUUUUUAGGUAAUUUGUUUUCUGGGGUGUUUAUAGUAAAUGAUUUCUUAAAUUCUAUUAGUUUCCAGUUGGUUAUUAAAACUUAUGUUAAUGAAUAUGGCCCCCAUGUUUGUUUUAAUUCCUGUUAUUGUUUAUUUGUAAUUAUUGUGUUAAAUAAAAAAAAUAUUUUCAUUA